AUGAGCGCACCAGGACUGAUAGCGCCGAUGACGUUGCAGCUUAUCUUCGGGAUCGGCACGCCACUGCAGCUGGAGCGCGAGAGCGUCAUCGUCGGGGCGUUCACUAAGCUGAUCUACGCUCUACCGAGUAACGCGAGCGAGCUGACGGAGCCGGGCGUGGUGUACGGGCGGGAGGAGCCCCCGAGAACAAGUCGCUGGAGUUUGUACGAGAGGCUCGCGAAGCUCCUCGAGCUCUAUGGCCUCGGCGAUGGUCGCUCCUGCGUCCUCCGCGCCAUCUGCGAGGCCGCGAGCAUGCCCUUCGAGCACCGCGAGGGCCUUCUGCAGCGGCUCCUUCAGACCUUCCUCUCGCCCUCGAGUACCCUGGAGCGGCACGAGGAGUACCGGGACCGCGAGUACGAGGCUGCGGAGCGGCUGGGCGCCCGAGUCGGCGAUAACUGCCACGCCCUGUACCCGGAGUGUCGAACGAGCUUUCUCGAUCUGUUUUCCAGUGUGCGGAGCCUACUGUUACCGGAGAGCCUAGAAUGAACGCUGCUUCGUCGAUGGCUCCAUCAAAGUCUCUCCUAC